AUGUUGCAGCAUGGCGAAACUGGCUGGCAGCGUUUUGAUGAACGCCGCUAUGAGGAGAGUUAUAACGCUUUCAAAGGCUUGAAGGAGAAUUUUCCCGGAAAUCGCUAUGCAAUGGGCGCUCACUUUUGGAUGGCAAAGAUACGUGAACGACAGAACAAACCUGUGCUUGCACGAAAGUUGUACAAAGAAGUUGCAGAAGCGCGGUAUUGGUAUUACUCAGCAAGGGCAAAGACGAUUUUGGGUGUCGCUACAUCCGAAUUGGAACCGAAAGCCGUUCAGGAUGCGGAAUUACCGGUGCGUCAAGCAUGUCCGCAACAGGUGUCGCUGUUGAUGAAGCUCAGGCUCUAUGAAGAUGCGAUCACGCAGUUAAACGAGCACAUCAACACAACCUCACUCUCUGAACAAGAGUGUUUUUAUAGUUUGAUUACCUGUUAUGAAGGGCUCGCGAUGUACGAUAAGGCACGGGAGGUGACCGAAGAGUCUCUGGAAGGCUCUGCUUUUGCCAAUGCAACGCGUGAAGAUUUAGAGAAACUCCAUCGAAAACUCUAUCCGCUCUACUAUGCUAAUACUGUUGAGAAGUAUGCAAAAAUGUAUAACGUGGAUACCUUCUUAAUUACCGCGAUGAUUUUGGAGGAAAGCCGAUACAAUGCAGAAGCGGUUAGUUGGGCUGGCGCGAUCGGAUUGAUGCAGAUUAUGCCGGCUACUGGAAGGGAACUCGCUCAGCAGCUCAAAAUCCGUCGCUUCCGCACCUCAAUGCUCAAGCAACCCGAUGUGAAUAUUCAGAUGGGGACGAAGUAUAUCGGAUAUCUCAACUCGCUGUUCAAUGGCAACGUAAUGCUGGUGACUGGCGCGUAUAACGGUGGUCCUGGACGGAUGAAGCGAUGGGUGGCAUCCAAAAAUAUCGCAGACAUUGAUGAAUUUGUUGAGAAAAUUACGAUCCGCGAAACUCGACUUCAUAUCAAGAAGGUUAUUGACAGUUACGAUAACUAUGUAGAAAUUUAUAAGAAUGCGAGCGAACCGCCGGCUGUGAAUUCGGCGACAGGGAUCAUCCAAAAACGAUUGGAAGGGUUUUAG